AUGACGGAGAGAAGCGAAACCACCGACUCGGACGGCGGCUCGCGCACCCACGGCGACGCCGACCAGCCGCCCGCCCGCAAGAAGCAGCGCAUCCGUCUGAGCUGUCUCGAGUGCCGGCGCCGCAAGCUGUCCUGCGACCGCGGCUUCCCGUGCGAGCGGUGCAUCAAGAGCGGCACCCCGGACCGCUGCAGCUACGAGUCUCGGAGCGGAGAGGUCGUCAAUGCGGCGUCGGGCAUGCCCCCCCCGUUCGCGCAGCUGGACUCGCGCAAGCUCGGGCUCUGCGGCGGCGACUCGCACCCGGGCUUCUCGUCCCGCGAGGACCACGAACGGAUCCGCCGGCUGGAGUGGGAAACCGCCCAGCUCAAGGCGCUGCUGCUCGCUCGCCCCGGCACGGGCUCCCUCGACGGCGGCGACGGCAACAGCAGCGGCAACGGCAACGGCAACGGCAACGGCAACGGCAAUGGCGCCGCAUCCGUCGCCAGGGAGAGCGAGGAGCGCCCGGCCGGCAGGGACGGGCAGCCACAGCCGCGCCCAGAGGUGCAGGAGUGCAUCGAGGCCACCAAGAUGAACGGCGGCAAGGGAGAGCUCCGCUUCUUCCGCGGCAAGGGCUUCCGCACCCGCUACUUCGGCCCGCACAACGCCAGCAUGGCGUUUGUCGAGCUGAGCGGGCUGUGCCCGUUUAUGCGCGAGACGGCCGACGAGUGGCUUCGCCCCGUCAUCCUGCACGAUCGCAAGGACCGCAAGCGCCGCCAGGAGGACCGCGACGCCUUGUUCCAGAAGCCCGAUCCCGCGCUCGAAGCCCUCCUCCCCACCAGGGACGAAGCCGAGGCCCUGGUGUCCGUCUAUCUCGACCAGUUCGAGCAGAUUCACCGCAUCGUCCACAUCCCCACCUUCCGCCGGGAGUACGCCGAGUACUGGGAGCCGGGCAGCCGAUCCCGCCACGCCGCCUUCACCGCCCUGCUGCUGUCCAUGAUGGCCGUCACCAGCUGCGUGCACACGCACAACAAGAGCCUCAGGUUCAUCGGCAUGAUGUCCAACGCGCGCCACUGGGCCCAGCGGUGGAUCAACUCGUGCGACGACUGGCUGUCGCGGCAGAGCCAGAAGCACCGCAAGCUCAUCCACUUCCAAAUCGCCUGCCUGCUGUACCUCGGCAAGCGCGUCAACACCAUCAAGAAGAAGAGGUUCUGGACCAGCUCCGGGGCCCUCAUCCAGGACGGCAUCUCGGUCGGCCUGCACCGGGAGCCGAGCCACAUGGGCGGCGGCAACAUCACCGUGUACAACCAGGAGAUGCGCCGGCGCAUCUGGGCGACGGUGCAAGAGCUCGACAUGCAGGCGUCCUUUGACCACGGCCUGCCGACUCUGCUCAGCCAGCUCCACUACGACACGGACGCGCCGCGGAACCUGGACGACGACGACUUUGGCGAGGACUCGGUCGACCUGCCGCCGUCCAAGCCGGCGCGCGAGUACACCUUCUGCUCCUUCCAGAACCUCGCCCGCCAGAGCCUGCCGCUGCGGCUCGAGCUGAGCAGGCUGCUGACCGGGCCCUUGUCGGGCAUCGACUACGACCAAGUGAUUCGGUACACCAACGACCUGACGCACGAGAUUGACGCCCUCCCCUCGUGGAACAUGAACCUGUGCGCGGCCAAGGACAAGGAGAAGAACCCGCUCGUGGCGUACACCCUGCUGCACGUGCAGCUGAGGCAGUACAUGAUCCCCCUUCACCAGCCCUACCUCAAGCUGCGCAAGCAAAACUCCAAGUACCAGUACUCGGAAAUCAUCUACUACAACGCGGCCCGCGACAUUGUGCUCCUCCACGACAAGCUCUACGAGCAAGGCAUGCGCUCGCUCAACUUUUUGCGCGAGGACGCGCUGACGACGGCCAUCAACCUGUGCAGCGUCACCAUGCUGCAGCCCCGCGGGUCCACCAACAUGAUCAUGGUCAACUCCCACCACACGCUCAAGCUGAUUGAGAAGUGCAUCGACAUGAAGGAAGAUCGUCUGCUGCGGUGCGGCAACAACGAGCCUUGGGGCUACUCCAUCAUGUGCUCCGCGCUCGGCCUGCUCGAGGCCCACCUGGGGACCAAGACGCCCGAGGUGGCCAAGUCGACCUCUUCCGAGAGAUUUGUCAAUCUUCACUACAGGGUGCUUGCCAACCAGGAACCACCCGCGGCCUCUGACAAUGCCCCGAGCACGUCUGCCGGUGGCGCGACGACCUUGCCCGCUCCUAGCCUCGAGCCUAGCUCUGGAAUGGGUGUGCCGGACCGGCCAAAGUUUGCAACGCCAUUUACCUUCCCGCCAUCAUUGCCAUCCGUGCCUGUAGAUUCCUCUACAGCCCCCGCUACUACGUGGAUGCUGCCGGCCGGUGACCAAGCCCAGCUGUUUAACAUGGAUCCCAGUCUAGAGCUGCUUGGGCUAAAUCUGAAUGAGAUUUGGGGCGAGUCGUGGGAGCUUGGCUGA